AUGCCUCGGGUCGCUCAGGGUCCUCGUGCGAGCGCCAGCAGCAGAACAGCGUCUGCCUCUACCGCCUCCCCCUUCAAGUCCCCGUUAAAGAUCCCACUGAACGACGACGCCCGCGAGAAGAAAGGCCGGCUUCAAUCCCGCAAAGUCCUCUACGAGAAACAGAUCAACGAACUGCAGGCGGCUGCUGCUACGCCUGCGAAGAAAGGCGGCGUCAGACUGGCCGAUAUCGAGAAUGCGUCUCCCCGCUCGAACCCGCGCACGCCGCGACGCGGGGGGGAUGACGAUGACGAGGUUUUCGUCGUGGGCAGCGGCGUGACCCCGAUGAAGCGUGUACCCAUCCUGGCCAACUUCGAAGAAUGGAUGAAGAUGGCCACCGACAACAAAAUCAAUGCCGCCAACUCGUGGAACUUUGCCCUGAUCGACUACUUUCACGACAUGUCGCUGCUGAAGGACGGGGAUGGAGUCAACUUUCAGCGAGCCAGUUGCACCCUGGAUGGAUGUGUCAAGAUCUAUACGAGCAGAGUCGACAGCGUUGCCACCGAGACGGGCAAGCUUCUGAGCGGUCUGGCAGACAGCAAUUCCAAGAAGAAGGACAAGGACGGCGAAGCAGACGGCGAGGAGAGUGAAGAAGAAGUUGACGAGGAUGGCAACGUGGUCAAGAAGAAGUCCAAGAGACGUCAACGAUCGUCUGAGGCGACAUUGGCCCCGUCGUUUGCUUCGCUGCAGCUGAAAAAGUUUGACACCGAGUUUGCAGUCGAUCCGCUGUUCAAGAAAGCCUCCGCAGACUUCGACGAGGGUGGCGCCAAGGGUCUCUUACUAAAUCAUCUGAUGAUCGAUGGCCAAGGCCGUAUUGUCUUCGACAGCAGUGACGACGCCAACGACAAGUCGGCAGACGGCCUUAAACCGUGGAGGCGAGAGGACACCAUUCCAGAGGAGGGAGAAGGGGAAGAGGACGAAGACCACGAAGCAGACAUAACCAAGCAAUUGGAAGGGAGCGAUGAAGAAGAGGAAGUGGAGAUCGACAUCGGCGCGCUUGGAGACCGCUUCUUCACUGACCUAGGUCGGCUCGACGAGCAAGACAUCUGCCCAUCGCUCAAGACUUUUGAUCUGGGCAACCCUUCGGGCUCCCUGGAUAUCCCAUUUUUGCGUGCCUCGGAGAAUGACGACGAGGACGAGGACGAAGACGGUCCUGGCGGAGCUGGCAACAAGUCCGGCAUGUUUAUUGACGAAGACAACCCCGCGGGUUUUGACGACAUGAUUGCUAUGGGCGGCUUCGAUAUUGGCGAAGUUGCAUUUGGCGAGGGUGGUGAGGCCUGGGCAAAGGAAGCCGCGUUAGAGCCUCAAAUGCGACCCUACAACGUCGGCCUUGACGAUGGGGUGCCCGGAGGCGAUGGUGCUGACGGCAUGGAUGACGAGAAUGGCGAUUACGUGGUAUCCAUGAACCGUUCCAAGAACGGCGACCAGAUGCACGAAGACAUCCUUGGGUACUUCGACCAAGCUCUCCAGAAGAACUGGUCUGGACCAGAGCACUGGCGGAUAAGGAAGAUCAAGGAUGCCAGCAAGCCGGAGACAGCCGCACGGCAACGCAAGGAGAAAGAGCCUUUCGAGAUUGAUUUUGCCUCCCCUUUGGACUUUAAGAUGGCCGAGACUAUCUUUACGCCGGCAACAAGCAACGCGACCAUUUCCCUUGCAAAGAAAGACUGGAAGUCGAAGACGCGAAACCUCCUCCCUGAUGAUAAGCACUUCAACUCUCAGCAGCUUCUAAGCCUCUUCCUCAAGCCUAAGGCCCGCAUGAGUAGUCGUCGUGCACGUUUUGGUAGCAAGAUUGGCGCGUUCGGCAACGCCGAGCAGCAGGACAAUGCGCAUGCGGGUGAUAUGGAUGAAGCGUUCUGGGCGCAGAAGGAGUCCCUGCAGAGCACCGAAGAGGAUGCAGCACUCCCCCAGGGCGACUACGACGCCAAUUUCUUUGAUGAUGAAAUGCCGCUUCCGGGUGGUGGUAUGCUGGACGAUGAUGACGACCUGGAGUUCGCCGACGCCAGGGAUCAUUUCUCUCCAGGUGUCGAUGCGCCUCCUACCGAAGCCAUCGGCAUCACCGCCAUGCUGGACGGUGGCAUGACUACGGGCGGUUUCGGUACACAGCUAGUCACAUCAACCCGGCGAUUGAGGCCUGAAUAUGUGCAAUACGCACGGGUUGCCAAGAAGGUCAACAUCCAUCGGCUAAAGGAAGAAAUUUGGAAAGGCAUGGGGGCUUUGGACACCCAUGACGAGGAACCUGAUCGUUCGAGACUACCGACUCCCCCAACCGAGGAGGACGUCAUGACACAAAAGGCCCAGGAGCCUACACUGAAGUUUACCAACGUCAUGAACAACUUGCAGUCUGUCUACCCCAAGUCGACCAUGGACGACAUCUCAACGAGUUUCUGCUUCAUUUGCCUGUUGCACUUGGCCAACGAGAAAGGCCUGGUUAUUGAUAAUACGCCCGAGCUGCUCGAGCUCGACAUCCGCAAAGAUUGGAAGGCCGAGGUCACUGAGGGAUGA